GCAUGCAUACUACCUACGCAAUCAUUUGCCAUUUCCACCCGCAGAUUCCCCCAUCUUCACUUAUCCCUCAUUGAGCGAUUUUCAGGUCAUCAACUUCAACAUGUCGACUGUAGAAGCAGAUCCCGUACUUCAUCCUGACGAGGAUGUCGUCGAUGAUGCAGACUCGUCAAUUGGGACAGAUGCCGCCUCAUCAACAACCAGCAUCUCAAGCUCCAUCUUGAAUUUUUGGCUUGAGAACGGUAGAACCUACCAUAGCUUCAAAGACGGAAAAUAUCAUCUGCCGAAUGACCAGGUUGAAAAUGAGCGUCUAGACCUCCAGCAUAACCUUUUCCUGUUAACAUUUGGCGAUAGACUGGGCCUUGCUCCGCCAAAUGAACCCGGUGUAAAGGUCGGAAGUGUACUCGACGUGGGGACAGGAACCGGGAUAUGGGCCAUUGACUACGCUGAUGAGCAUCCAGAAGCUGAGGUCAUUGGGGUCGACCUUUCGCCAAUUCAGCCCGCUUUCAUCCCGCCAAACCUUCGUUUUAUUAUUGAUGACAUCGACGAGGACUGGGAAUAUGGUCAUUCGUUUGAUUAUAUCCACAGCAGGAUGAUGGUCUUUAGCAUCAAGAAUUGGAAGCACUACAUCCGCAAGAUCUUCAAUAAUCUCAAGCCUGGUGGCUAUGUCGAGAUUCAAGAAACUGGGGGCAUUGUUCUCUCCGACGACGGGACUCUUACGCCUGACCACGCCCUUUCAAAGUGGUGUAACCUCCUCGGGGAGGCUUUUACUAAGCUCGGCAGUACCUCCAUCGAGUUCGACGAGAUCAAAGCUAUUAUGCAAGAAGUCGGCUUUGUCGAUGUCGUCGACAAAAGAUUCAAGUGGCCUACCAAUCCCUGGGCUCGAGAUAAGAAGUAUAAAGAGUUGGGAAUGUGGAAUAACUACAAUGCUUCGAACGCUUUGGAGUCGUUGACCAUGGCGUCGUUUUCGAGGGCUCACGGAUGGUCGCGGGAGGAAGUUAUUACGUUCCUUGUUGAUGUGCGGAAGGAUUUAAAUAAUCCCAUUGUUCAUGCUUAUAACCCCAUAUGUUCUAUCUUUGGGAAGAGACCGGAUAUUUAAUAGAGACAGGGGAUGAGUGAAGAUCUAGGUUUGUGUUUACUGACUCCAGUAUGUGAAAAUCAAAAAUGCUGGCGAACUAUCUGAUCCGAUCCAAUUCUGUGUCGUGAUUAAUCUAUGUGUUAGUAGCUCA